AUGGAGACUCAAGUGGAGAGGCUUGUUGAGAAGGCCUGGAAGAUGUACGAGCAGACACCUUCAGAUAAGCGCUUGUGGGUUGCGGGCAUCCCUGGCUCAGGUAAAACAACACUCGCCGCCAUAGUCAGCAGCCGUUUGCAAGACCGCGCCAGGGAGGCCGGGGCCAACGGCCAAGUAUCCAUCGCCCUAUCCAUGGACGGAUUCCAUAAGACUCGCGAAGAAUUGUCGGCCAUGCCAGAUCCAGACACCGCUCAUGCUCGACGCGGUGCAGCCUUUACAUUUAAUGCCGAGAAGUUUUUGGAUCUCGUUACGAGCUUGAGGGGCAGCAUUGGGGCGCCUGUCUUCGCGCCAACUUUUGAUCACGCCCUCAAGGAUCCGCGGGAAGCCGACAUAGUCAUUCAAGAAGCCACCCGCAUCGUGAUAGUAGAAGGACUCUACGUUUCAUUAGAUGAGCCGGUAUGGAGAGAUGCAGCAAAGCUGUUGGACGAUAUCUGGUUUGUCAAUGUCGACUUCGAGGUGGCUCGGAGACGAUUGCGUGAACGACACGUGCGAGCCGGAAUUGUCAAAGAUUUAGAGGAGGGAGAUAGGAGAGCCCUCGAGAACGAUUUAGUCAACGGAAAGGAGAUUGUCGAUAAGAAACUGCCAGUCUCCGAGAUUAUUCAAAGUAGGGAUGACGGUUCCUGGGUUCAUGAGUAG